CACGGCUAACGCUGCGGGUCUCUCUGUCGGUAAGGAAGGGCCCCUCAUCCACAUCACGUGUGCUAUGGCGGACAUCCUCAUGUCCACGCCGUGGUUCAAGAAGGUGCGGCUGAACAACAAGCAGAGGCUGGGAAUCCUGGCCUGCGCGUGCGCUGCGGGGGUCGCCGCGACAUUCGGUUCCGUGUUCGGCGGCACCCUCUUCAGCGUAGAGGUUACGGCUACGGCCUACAUGGUCGACACGCUCCCGGCAACCUUCCUUUGUGCCGUUGUGGUUGCGGUGGUCUUCUGGGUGUCCGGGCAGGGGGAGCUCUUCGCCCUCAUCGGCGACAACACGGAACAGGCUCAAGGCUUCACGGCAACCGAUCUCCUGGCGUGGGCGGUACUAGGGGCGGUGUGCGGGCUCGUCGGCGCUUGGUUCGUGGCGGUGUUGGACGCUCUGUCUCUCAGGCGUAACUUCUUCACUCGCAAGGACCUCGACCCCUCUACCCGCACGAAGCGGAUGUUCGUCGUUGUGGCCUUGGCGACCCUGUUGGUGAUACCGGCCUCCUUCACUGAGGAUGUGGCUUUCAGUAACGUCGACCGCACGGGAAGGUCCAAGUACCAUCCCCUCAUCGAUAGCAUCUACGACCAAACGCAGUUCGGGAUGUCUUGGCGCCUGAUCAGCCUGUUGCUGUUAAAGUUCUGGGCGACCAUCUUCUCCGUGGUUCAGCCCUUGCCGGUGGGGCUGUUCAGCCCAAUCUUCGUGAUCGGUGGUUUGAUGGGGAGAAUCUUCGGAGAGGUUGCCAACUGGGUGGACCAUUGCUUCGACAGCGUCAACAUCAAGUUCCAGCCUUGGGAGUUCGCCCUAAUCGGGUCUGCGGCGUUCUCGGCCGGGGUGACGCGAGCCGUGAGCACGGCGGUCAUCGUGUUCGAGCUGUCAGGGGAGAACCACCUCCGCCUGCCGCUGGGCGUGGCCCUGAUGAUCUCGUACUUCAUCGCGAACCGCUUCACGAAGGGGAUCUACGACGCCCUCAUGGAUACCAACAAGACACCGCACUUGGAAGAGGUGCCCCCCGAGGACCAAAACGUCCCCGCUGAGGACGUCAUGAUCAAAGUGGACGAGAUACCGUGCCUGUCUCUCGACUGCACCGGGAGGGACGCUUCCGAGGUUGCGUCGCGCUGCCAACCCGGCCACUUCAUACCCGUCGUGCAAUCCAUGAGCGACAAGGUCCUGGUUGGCAUCGUCCUCUGGAACGACCUCGCCAUCGCCCUCGCGGACUACCGCAAGCGGGGCAGCAGCAUCACCGCCAUCAGCAGCAGCACCACUGCCCCCCCCCCCAUCAACAGCAGCCGUGGAGCCCCCCUCCCUCCUUUCGCUUCCACCACCACGAUGAUCGAUGGACGACGGUUCCAGGUGGGCGGCGGCGGCGACUCGACUGCGGCGACUGCGGCGGCUGCGGCGGCAGCCAGCGGUAGCGGCGGGGGCAGCAGCUGGUGGCCGCGGCUGGCGGAGGUGGGCGGGGCGGUUGGCAGGAGGAUGGGGUGGUUUCCGAUGGUGCGGACGGCGGAGGUGUCGCUCUUACAAGAGCUGGAUAGGCGGAGGGCGGAGACCACGGACGAAGAACGAAACGGAGAAACGCCUCCUCCGCCAACAACAACCGGAGGGGAGGGGGCAGGGAAACGCGAAGACGGGUGCGGUGACGACGGUUCUGAUUCCCUCCCUCCGCUCGGUGAAGGCAUCCCCCUAGGCGGCGGCACGGCUGCUGCGGCAGUCGGAACAGACAGCGCCAGCACCAGCACCAGCGCCGGCAGGAGGACCCGUUCCUCCCGAAAGGUGCUGUCGCCGCCGCCGCCGCCGCCGGUGGUCGGGAUCGAGAAGGCCAAGCGGGCGCCCGUCCGGUUCUACCUGGUGAGGGAGGGGCACAGGUUCGUACCGGUGGGGCGUAACCCCAAGAAGGGCGCGUGGAAGGAGCUGCCAGAGGUGGCGAUUCCAACCGCCCGAGAGAGCAUCCCGGUCGUGCUGGACCCUUCGCCUUACCAGGUUUCCCACACGACCGAACUUUCCAAGGUCGAUAUAGCAUUCCGGCUACUGAGGCUGGACAACGCCUACGUGUGCAACGCCGGGCGGUUGGUUGGGGUGAUCACCCGGGAAGCCCUGGCCGACUUCGUGGACGAUCGCGAGGUCUCCCCUAUGGACGACUGCGUGCGGCUAUGCGGGGCCUUGGCUUGCUGCCUUCCCGGGAGAGCUCCAGCCGACGACAACGCCGGGGGCACCGGCGUCCCCAAGCGCAUCAGCCGUCGCAGCAUUAGCCGAGGAAAGCUAGCCGCCUCCGCCGUCGUCGGAGAACUUCCUGCGGGACGGGGGGGUGCGACGACGACGAUGAACAGCGUAUCGACAGGCCGCCGCCGAGGGGCGGGGGGACCAGACGGCACGGUUCGAUUUGAACCCACCGCCAGCACCGCCACUACUGCUGAUGGCGCAGACACGGAUCUCGGCUUCGCGACGAGCGGGCAGCCGCUGCUGGGCGGCCGCGGCGGGCUCAACUGGCGGGGUUAUUCCAGUCUGGGCGACAACACCGAAGGCGGCGGCGAGGAGGGUCGGGAAGGGGAAGGUGGCCGCGGGUGCUCUUCCCCCCGGCGCGGUGGGAGGGGGGGGUGGGACGCGGUGUGAUAACGUGGUUUAGAGAUCUCUCGGCGUUUUUUUGUGUCUACUUCCUGCGCUGCGCUGCUGAGGCACCCACGCGUGUUUACGGUCCCUCCAACGUUGCCGAUGUUGGUUAUGGUGGUCGGGGAUCACUGACCAUGGGGUGCUGGUCGCAAGUCAGGGGCAACACGCCCACCGAAGACGACUGGCCUCCUUGAUGGCGAAAGGUGGAGGCUGCCUGUGUUGCGUCAGCCCACCCUACUUUCCCAACUGGAACCGCUGGUGUCCUUUGCGCUGGCGCCCCUCGCUAUGCGUACAAGCCAGGAUUUUUCAAGCCUGAGACUGGAAAAAAAAAAUAACGCUGGGACGCAGGAAAGACCUUGUAUUUUCAGUCCAUUCACACACUUUUUUGUUGCUUGUUCGAUAGUGUCCACAGGUCAUGUCAGCUCUUAUUUGCCGGUGGCGGGGGGGUAAUUUGGUCGAGUGCCUUCUAAUUCGUUUUGUUGUUGUUUUGUCGAAUCAUGGCCGUGCUCGCGUUCCCGGGUCUGGUCGUGUUGUGGUCUGAGGUAUAGUAGCAGUCGCCGGUAGGGUAGGCCUUGCAACAAGUGGUGUGUCACGGACAAAUAAGGUGUUGCUGGAAUGUACGGUAGGGGACCCUUGUCCUUCCCUUGUCCGUGAGAGGGCUAUACGUGAAGGAGAGGCACUGCGCACAGACAAUUGUAGGGCGAGGAAGGGCUCGCUCUCGAAGAAAAUGAGAGAGUUGCGAGCUGGAAUUACUACGCAGGCGCACCUUUUGCAUGCUGAAAAAUCGCUCUUUUUUGUGUGCUCACUGCGGUCUGAUACGACAUUCGCGUGUUGGGGAGGGGCUCGAACAUUUUUUCGCUUUGAAAUGGGUAGAGGAGGGUGCUUUCUUUCAUGUUUGUCUUCCUUCGUUGAUGGUGUUGAGAUCUUCCCUGACUGGGAGGUGCUGCACUGCUGUAUUAAAAACAGCUGACAUGUAGGGUUUGGCAAGGAAAGCCAGAUGGCUUCAGCUUCAAAGCUGCCGUGCUCGCUGUACGGAAAGCGUUCAAUUCAACUUGCUACGUAAUUUUUCACGUUGUCCCCCCAACAUGAGUCAGAACUCACAUGGGUCUUCUUUGGAGCGUGGUAUUAUUUGAAAAGCGGGCGGGGCUUGGGGAAAGAUGCACAUGUUCUCUGUAGAUGUUUUGAUGUGUGCGGUGGUGUCGUGCAUUUGUGGGGGUACAAUGACCCGGUUGGGUCGUCUAGCUAGUAGAAGUGGAGGAUAGGGACCAGAGGGGCAGACGACAGAGUCCAAUGAUGGGAGAAAAAAAAAAUGGUACACAUGUUUCUCCUUUGAAGGUGAUUGAUGUGUGUGGUCAUGGCAUGCGUUUGUCGGUGAAGGCCAACAGAGGGUAACAUGGGAUGAACUUUUUUUUACGUCAUCACAUUUUCUCUGGGCGUCGUUCCUUACACCAUACGAUGAUUCCCGAUUUUAAAACCGCCAGAUGAUGAGGGUGCCGCUCGCAGGCAUCGCGAAGAACUGACAAUAUGCAGGCAGGAUGCACGAGUGAGUCCACUUUUGUUAGACCAAACAAUGUGCUGUGUAGUGUAUCGUACCGUGAGCGAAAAAGAAGAUACAGCUUCGAAAAAUGCCUUACGUUGUACUGGACUCUGUGUGAGUCUACUACAAUCUUCGUCGCAAUUCAUUCACACGGUUGAGCCGAGCUAGUGUGCUUUUCUAGGAGAUGCAUUCUACUCCUUUACGCGAAUGUUUGUUGGUUGGUGUCGGGUUCAUCCUUUUCAGGGACGAACGAAACACGUUCGUUGCAGACCGCAGAAAGAGAGCGGACAGCCAAACAAACGUGCUGGAGCUACAGCAACGAACGAUUGUAUGCAUUAGACUCGAUGAUGCCGUCAGAACACAGGAGGAGGCACUUAGAGCCGAGGCGGGUGUUAAAGGCCAUUUUGUUUAAAACGGGGGUAUCUCUCCGCCGAAUUCACGGAGCCCCUUGAUAUUUUUUUUUUAGGAGUGGCCAAAAUCGGUUACACCCGGCCCCAAUCCGGCCACUAUCGGGUACACUUGUUUUUCACAGUCGGCAGCGCCCUCCUGGCGCCAUCUGAUUGGCCGACGCCCGCCCCUACCCGGCCCUGACCCUAUUCCCACCGGGUGCACCCGAUCUUGGCUACUCACCCCCCGGAGGGGUACCCGAUCUUACUCCCGCCUACCCGUAAAUGGCUGGGCUGUUCGACCAACAGACCACCAGCAGACCACGCUCACGAACACACGUCACCAACACCCCGCACUCGAGUUCCGACGCUUCCGACGGCGGGCGGAGGCGGACC